AUGUCUAUAGUCUUGGGCCACCAACUGUCCUCUUCUUUUUGCAUUGAGGCAGUACCUAGGAAAGAAAGAAAAUGGCUGUCGCUUUUGUCUCUACGAUUCGGCGCGGUACUGUGCACCAUGGUAGCAAUAAUCUGCUUUGCUUGGGCCAUGGUUCAGCAUCAGGAAGGAGUUGUUUCAAGCGAUGGACUAGGAGAAGCAUGGUCUAGUAUAAACCUGGGAACAGCCUCAUACGGAUUCCUCUGGUCCCUUAUCCUUCUCAUUGUCGUCUUUUGCAACUGUGUGGUCCACCCUGGUAUCAUCGUUGCGUUCGACUGCAUAGCUUGCAUUGCCCAGUUGAUUACAGUCUGCUUCGAUUUGCACGAGCUUGCCUAUUGGAAUCUUGGUGGUUAUGGUUACUCCAGCACCCAUAAUCUAGACCCAUUGUAUGGGGCGGAGUGUUUGGCGUGUUCUAUGAUUCUUCUUGGAAUCCUCUUCAACAUCAUUCUUUGUGUGCGCGCCUCUAUCGCGUGUCAUAGGCUGCGCAAGGCUGGAAAGCAGCUAGAGACCAAGAGGCAUGUUGACGCGUGA